AAGCAACGUUCGGUCGGUUUCUUCAUGACUUUUAACUGCAAAGAAAGUAUUUGGAGACAAUAAAGAAAGCAGUAGAUAAGUCCACCACCAUCAUCAUGUCGGAGCAGAACCAGCCAACCGUGGAAGGAGAUCUGCGUUUCCACUCUGAGCUGAAAUGUGGGCAGGAUGUAACGAGAUGUGAGUUUAACAAAGAUGGCUCCCUACUGGCUGUAGGGUUGAGUGAUGGUGCCAUCAAGGUGUACAGUCCGGACACCGGAGACCAGAUCCUUACCCUGAAGGACUCCAGCAGGCUCAGAAUGCCAAUCACUGGUCUGAGGUUCAUCUCCAGCUCAGACUCCCACUGCCUCCUGCUGGCCGCCUAUGCGACAGGCAGUGUGAGGUGCUGGUACCCCUGGGGCGGGGACUGUCUCUGGAACCUCAAGGAGGCCAGUGGCCUGUGGGACCCCGCGGAUGUGGAGAAGGGCUCAAAGUUAGAGACCCUCUGUCUGGCAGUGUCGCCCUCCGGAGAGAGAGCUGCUACGGGCUGCUCCAACUCCACCGUCCACCUAUACGACCUGCGCACGCAUCAGAGCAUCCUCACCUGCAAGGCCAGCUCCUGCAGGACCAUCAUGGAUGGCCACCGUUCACGGGUGUUUGCUGUGACCUUUCACCCCGAGCGGGAGACAGAGUUCAUCUCCGCUGGCUGGGACAACACCAUACAAUUCUGGGACAGCAGGCAAGAGCAGGCCGUUAGGUAA